AUGCUUCAGUCUCUCAUCGUCGCGAACCACUCAGGGGAGCCUCGCUUGCUUGACGGGCUAUAUCUGCCGACUCGUAUUGAUGAGCUUUUCAUCAUUUCGAAAGCUUCGAAGAAGAACAUUUUGCUUCAGAGUAUCACGUCUGGCGCAGAGGAACCAGUCGUCUUCAUGAAAGGCCUCCGACUCUCCCCAAUUGAACUAGAAGAUGCUGUUGCGGGAGCGACGGGUAGUUCGAAGGUUGCUGUCAUGGCUUGGGAACAAGACAUUGACAUGACAGCAGACGUGGUGUCGCCUGCCUCCGACUCUUCUUUCCCAGAGAUCCAUCAGCAACUGGAAGAGCUUUUUGUACUUUGCGGCGCAGCGGCACUCAAAGAAGUAGACGCAGCAGACAUACCGAUUACCGAGGUCCAAACACAUUUGACAAAGCACUACACCUGGUUGCGAUCCCAGAUCAGCAAAUGUAGUCCCCAACUGCUUCAUGAAGAUGCCGGAGAGGUUCAUGCGAAGAUCAAAGGCAUCGUCUUGAGGUUGAAGAAGACCCCUGCAUCAGCAGUGGCUACUCUCAUAGAGCGUUGUUACACACAUGCCCAAGAACUCUUCAACGGGACAGGCAGCCCUCUCGAGGUAUUCCUGAAAGACAACGCACUUCAUAAACUGUAUGACUGGAUGAACACUCUUUUCACCUACAAGCCUUUUUUGCAACUUCUAUCCCACAAACGAGGCCGCCAUCUCAAAAUUCUUGAGAUCGGCGCCGGAACCGGAGGUUUGACUUCGCGCAUUCUCAAAGAUCUCACAGGCUGCUUUGAAGAUGGCAAGGUGCUAGGGACCUACGUUCUCACUGACGUCUCUGCUGGGUUCUUCCCGGCAGCAAAAGAGCGCUUUCAUGACAUAGCUCCUGGACUCUUGGACUAUCGUGUCUUGGAUAUUAGUCGCGAUCCAGCUGCUCAGGGGUUUGGCCGCGAAGACUACGAUCUCAUCGUUGCGAGUAAUGUGCUCCAUGCCACUCCAAAGCUGGACGAGACAUUGCAGCAUGUCAGAUCAUUGCUGAAGCCUGACGGGAGACUCCUGAUGCACGAGUUGUGCUGCAACACAAAAUGGAUCAACUUCAUCAUGGGUCACCUUUCAGGAUGGUGGCUCGGCAACUCUGACAGCCGCCCAGACGAGCCUUACAUCUCUCCCAGGCAAUGGGAGGAACGUCUAUCUCUGGCUGGCUUUUCAACUCCGAAGGUUGUCUACGAUGCUAAGCCUCAACACAAGCUCAAUGCUACCAUCAUUUCUCGUCCUGCUGCGCCUAAGGAAAAUAUCCUCAAGAGGCUGCUGAAGACUCUUCAAGAUAACAACUCGAUCUUACUCUGGCUCACGCGACCCUGCCAACUCGGGUCCGUCGAUCCGACCUUCGCUCCGGUGCUCGGCAUCGCGAGAACAGCAAGAGUUGAGAUGGGUGUACAAUUCGCUACUAUGGAGCUUGACAGCAUCACGGCAGAUUCUCUGCAAGCCGUGUCUCAAGUCUCAAGGAGACUUAUCUCCCAACACGCAGCCUUGGCUUCGAAUAUGGGUGAAGAUGUGGAAUUCUCCUACACCUCGGGCCGCAUUUUGAUCCCGCGAUGCAAGUGGACACCAAUCUCUCGCGCUCUUUCGUCCAAGCCUUCGGUCUCUUCUAGCAAGAUGUUGCAAAUCUCGAGGCCCGGGGCCCUACAGACUCUCCACUGGGUGUCUCGUCAAUUGCCCGACGAGAUACCAUCCGACCACGUCAAGAUCGAUGUCCGCGCAGCAGGUCUCAACUUCAAAGACGUUGUGACAGCCAUGGGCCUGAUCAAGCCUUCAGCUAUGAAAGGACUUGGAUGUGAAGCCAGCGGUAUUGUGACGUCUGCUGGAACUUCUGUGAUGGAUGUUCGGGUUGGUGAUCGCGUUAUGAUCUUCGCACCCGAGGCCGCCUGCUUCUCCACGGAGAUACUGGUUCCAGCACAGCUUUGCGUCCGCAUUCCCAGCACACUUGCCUUUUCUGAAGCGGCUGGAAUGCCCUGCAUUUUCAUCACAGUCCUCCGAGCCCUGGUAGAAAAAGCUGGUCUUAGUGCUGGUCAAACUGUGCUUAUCCACAGCGCCGCCGGUGGUGUUGGUAUUGCGGCCAUACAAGUAGCUCGAUGGAUCGGAGCCAGAGUCUACGCGACUGUGGGCAGCGACGAAAAGAUAGACUUUCUUAUCAGAGAGUGGAAUAUUCCCAAGGAGCACAUCUUCUCUUCUCGAGACAUCAGUUUUGUGGAGGGCGUCAAAGCAGCGACUGGUGGUCUCGGCGUUGACGUUGUGUUGAACUCUCUAUCUGGAGAGCUUCUCCAUGCAUCAUGGGAUUGUGUCGCUCCUCAUGGCACCUUCAUCGAGCUGGGGAAGAAAGACACCCUAGCGGGCGGAAAACUUGCCAUGGCAGCCUUUGAUGGAAACCGAUCUUUUAUUGGCGUCGAGAUGGCGAAUCUGGCCGUUGAGAACCCCGCCAUCAUUCAUCGCUUGCUGCAGCAAUGUGUGGACUUGUAUCAGCAAAAUCACAUUCAGUCCGUGAGGCCUGCAAAGGUGUUCGCAUGUCGUGAAGCUGAAGACGCCUUCCGACACUUGUACCAGGGUACCCAUACUGGAAAGGUGGUCCUCGACAUGACCGAAAACGAUGACGCGGCAUUUGAGGUAUCUCGAGUGCCUAUGAUUCCCAAGUUCCGUGAGCAAGCUACUUACGUACUUGUCGGCGGUAUGGGUGGUCUUGGAGGUACAAUAGCACGAUGGAUGGCCUCCCACGGUGCCAAAAGUCUACUCUUCAUCUCCAGAUCCGCCGGACGCAGCAAUGAUGAUCAAGCUCUGCUGUCAGAACUUCGUUAUGCAGGUUGCGAGGCCGAUGCCGUACCAUGCGACAUAGCAGACGAGCCGGCCACGCAAAUUGUCAUUUCCAGACUCGGUUCAUCCAAGCGGAUCGCGGGUGUCCUGCACCUGGCAAUGGUGCUUGCCGACGGUGCACUUUCUGAUCUAACACUGUCACAGUGGCAAACGGCAACAUCACCCAAGAUACGCGGGACAUGGAACCUCCAUCGUGCUCUGCCUCAUGACAUUGACUUCUUUGUGCUCUUUGGUAGCACAUCGGGUGUACAUGGUUACCCAGGUCAAGCAAACUACGCAGCUGCCAACACUUUCCUCGAUGCAUUUGCUCAGUACCGCCGGGGUCUGGGUCAGCCUUGCUCUGUGGUUGACCUAGGAGGCGUCGAGGAUGUGGGAUAUGUCAGUCGUACACAAGAAGUGGAAGAUGUCAUGACAAAAUCUGGCUCCAAGCUGGUUUCCGAAGCCGACAUGCUCCGAGGUGUUCAGCUCGCCAUCGCUGAGAGUCGGCCAGUGGUAACGGGUGCAGAGACUGAGACAGUCCGGUCAGCUUCUGCAGUCGAGACCGGAAGAGAUUGA